AUUUGUUUCAAUACAUCAAUUUAGGUUUCGCAGUAGAAACUAAUGUUGACUAAAAUUGCUGGGAUGAAAGAAAUUAGAAGCAUUGCACUAUUCGUUUCUUAUUUUCAAUUUCAGACUGUCUUAACUUCAUGCUCGUGUUAGUCAUAAUUGUUUUCAAUUGCCUCAGUUAUUAAAUGUAACUUCAUCUAUUUUCUUGUUCAGUCGUCGGUUCACUUUUCCUCUUUCAGAUAAUCUCACUUACUGACCUUAACAAUCAAUCAGCACGCAAAGUAUCUUCAAGCUAGAAGCAUAUUCGCCAAAAACUGAGCGUUACAGAGAAUGGAUUUUGAUUCUGAUGUAGAGUCCAUAACACUUAUUGAGUGUGCUACUUGUGGCCGACAUUUUCGGGAAGACAUAAUUAAUCGACAUAAAGUGGCAUGUAUUAAGAAUUCUACAAAGAAAAGAAAACCUUUUGAUAGCACUAAACAACGAUUACAGGGUAUAGAGGAAAAGAAUCAAAUCAUAUUAGGAGGCGCAUCUGGGACUAAAUCAGUUGAAACUUCACGAAAACUAGCUCAAGUUGAAGCACGUAAACACCAAUGGAGAAAAAAACAUGAAGAAUUUAUCAGCGCAAUUAGGGCUGCAAAAGAGUAUACAAUUGCAAAACAGACUGGUAAACCUUUGCCACCUCCUCCACCGCCAGCUAUUGAUCCAGAUCUAAUUCAAUGUGAAUACUGUCUAAGAAGAUUCAACGAAAAAGCUGCUGAACGUCAUAUCAAGUUUUGUCGUGAAAAACACUCACGUUUACCAACUAACAAUGCAUCAUCUAACACAACCGGUAUCGGUCGUCCACGUGCUACCACACGUACAACGGCUCCAGCUAAUAUUGAUCCUACAAUACGAAGUAACAGAAAAGGUUCAAGUACUUCUUAUACACAAAAUAAUUAUGGAUUACAUACUAACGCUGAGAAUAAUAGUCGAAAUUUACAUAAUACAGAUUCAACACGAAACACAAAACAUGGAAUACCACAACUAGCCAGACCAACACAAAAUCCUUCAACCAACGGUGUUCGAAAUUCUAGUGAAUUACGUAAAAGUCAGGAUGUUAUGAUGAAAUCACGUAUCUCAUCAAAUAACCCGAAGGAGGGGAUACCACAAAGCAAUAAUAAACGAGGCUUACCGUCAAGUCAAAUACGUCAACCAACACAUACAAGCAAAACAACCAGUCAUACACAAAAUAGCUUGAAAGGAGUAACGAAUGAAAAAUCUAAUAAAGUUUGUUCUGAAUGUGGUUAUACAUUUCCAACUUCAGCCGCAAGAUUUUGUCCUGAAUGUGGUGUACGACGUAUGGUAGUUUAAUUGCCAAGUAUACAUACAUUUCCUUUUUGAAACUAUGAUGUUAUAUUGUAAUAACAAUAUUCCUCAUAAUAAUACUAAUAAAUACUGUAUUAAUUUACUGAAAACUUCUGCUAAUGCAGGUAAUUAGACUUGAACUAUUCUUUUUCUCUCAAUGUAUGUAUUUCAAAGAGAUUUUACUAUUCAGUACACAUAAAAAUUUGCUCAAUACAAAUUAAAUUGAUGUAAUUAUUUAUCGAUCUUUACGAUAUUUCAUAUGGAUAAAUGUUGUCUCCUUCACAGUUACUGUCAUGAAUAAAUACUUAUUAUCUAUUCAUCAUAUAUAAACUGUUUAAAAACAAGUACACAUUUCAUGUAUUCAACACAUAUCUUAUUAGAUUAUAAUGACAAAGAAAUCUUAAAUUUCAUUCAAUGUUAUACUCUAGAUGUAUAUCAUAAAUAGUUUUGUGUAUUCAAUGUUUAUCGUUUAGAUUUAAUUCAUAUUUAUAAUUCUUAAUAAUCAUAGUUCUCUUCCUUUAUUUUCUCUCUAUAAAGAUUCAUUUUCUACAAAAAUCUUUUUUUUUUCAUUUAAUAUUAUAACACUUUACUAAUGCAUAAUCUAUCAUUUUUAUUCAUGUACUUUUUGAUAAAUUAAAAUAUAAAAUUUAAACCCCAUUGUUUUACAAAUUGUUGUCAGCAUCAACAACAUCAUAAAUAUCAUCUGUUCACAGUUAUUUUAUUGAUAAUUAAGAUUAAACAAGCUUGAAUAACUA